UUUGAUGGCUCACCAUGGUAUCCGAAACCGAGUGAUCAUAUCUGUAGCGAUCAUUUUGUUGGUGGUAAAAAAUCAGAAGAGGAACUAAGUCCCAGUUACAUCCCGACGAUUUUCCCUUCAAUCUACGGAUCAUCCACAGUUAACACAUCUACUGCUCUAAACAGGCAUAAACGUUUUAUGGAACGAAGAAUUAAGAAGCAAAAUUUAACAACUGCGGUACCGAGUGAAAAUGAUAAAUUUGUUUCAAGAAAUAACGAAAUUAUAAUUGACAAUUUAGCUGAUCGUUGCUAUUCCACUAAUGUAAAAAAAAUUAGUCAAGCAACUCAAGUAAAUAUAUUUUUUGAGCCAAUCGAAAUGGCCAAAACAUUCAUUUGCAAUAGAUACAUUUACAACGACAAAAAUGAUGCUGAGGUUCAAACGUCUAUAACAGAACAUAUUGAAAGUAAAUGGAAAAUUCCUACGAAAAAUUUUAGCGAAAAAUCUUGUGGCACUGAUCAUAUGAUUCGAGUUGAUAAGUGCGUUGCUACGGGCAAUAAAUGUUUCUGUGGUUUUAAAUCAAUUCGCAAAGAUGAUCAGUUGAUGGAGUUGGCAGGAGUUACUUUUAAUAAUUUUGAUUUUUUAUUGAAGAAAAUGAGUUCAAUGAAUAAAUGUUUGAUAUCAAAUGAAGACCGGCUGUUAAUUUUUUUAAUGAAAAUAAAAACAGGUCUAACGUUUUCAACUUUGAGUGCUUUGUUCGAUGUUCAUAGGACUACAAUCUCAAGAAUUUUUCAUACAACUCUACAGAAUUUGGUUUCAGCAACAACAAAUUUAAUAUAUUGGCCAGAUUCAGAAACUUUAAAAGCAACGAUGCCUGCUUUUUUUCGUUUAAACUAUGGUAAUACUCGAGUAAUCAUCGAUUGCGUUGAAUUUAAAAUAGAAGUGCCAGCAAGUAUCGAUAACAGUGUUUAUCGUUGUCCAAAUAAUGAUAAAGCUUUUACAGCCAAAAUUCUUAUCGGCAUUACUCCUGGAGGCUUUCUUUGUUUUAAAUCUAAAGCAGUUGGUGCUAGAAUUACUAACUCACAACUGAUAGUUGACUCUGGAUUAAUAAACAAUUUAAAAGGUGGUGAUGUUAUUCUAACUGGUAAAAAAUGUUACGGAAUCAAUGCAGCUAUUUACCAAAGUGAAAAACAGAUUAAGGUUGUUACACCAAAAAUCUCAGAAGAUAAAACAAAUUGUCAAAGAGCAGAACCUGAGAAACCUAACAGCAACGUUGCUAAAGUACAAAUUCACAUAAAAAAGAUGAUUGAAAGCUUGAAAGUUUAUAAAGUUUUGGAUAACAUUCCUGAAAAUUUAUUUGAUCAUGUAGAUGAUAUUAUACACAUUUGCUGCGUUUUGGUUAAUUUAAACAAAGAAAAAGUAAACAUUGUGAUAAAACAUUCGCAGCCAAUUGAAUUGUUAUAG